AUGUCAUCACAUGAAGGAAUCGGUUCAAUAUCUGUACCGAUUCUUAUAAGUAUUAUUUUAAAAAGUAUUAGCACAUACAUUAUUUGUUUAUGUAUAAUUAUUAUUAAUAUACUUCUUAUUGCAAGUUUAACUCUUAUUAAACGGCUUCGUACAGCACAAAAUCUUCUUUUAAUAAAUGUUUGUUUUGCUUGUAUAUAUUUUUCAUUAUCAUGUAUAUUUUCAGUUAGUUUCACAAUUUCUAUUGUUAAUACGAAAAAUGUAAAUUCAUAUUUAUGUCAAUUUAUUGGAUUUCUUGUUAUGUCAAGUUCUCAUUGUGUCAUGCUUUCGUAUACAUUGGUUACAUUUGUUCGGUUUUUAACAAUUAUUUAUCCAUUUAAUAAAAAGAUUACGACAAUUUAUUAUAUUAAAUCUUAUUUAAUAUCAAUAUGGAUGUUAGCUUUUGUUUUACCAGGUAUAACUUUAAUUUUACCUAAGCAACAAAUAAUAUUUCAAUCAAAAGCUAAAAUGUGCACGAUUAAUCAACAAUCAUCAUUAUUAUUUAUGUAUUUUUGUACAGGUUAUAUUAUACCGUUUAUACUUAUAUCAUUAAUGAAUUUAGUGACUUAUUUAAAUGUAACACAUUCACGACAAGUACCUUUUCUAUCUCGAACGAGACAAUGCCGUUUAAACCGACGUAAACGCCGAAAUUUACGUUUAUUAAGACAAUUUUCAUUCUUUACAAUUAUAUUUUUGCUUGGUUGGACUCCAUUUAUAACAAUUGAAGUAUUUGAUAAAAAAGAAAAACUUCCGGAUAUAUUUUAUUUAUUUACACUUAUUUUACCAUCAAUAAGCAUUUUGAUUGAUAGCAAUGCAAUAUUAUAUUGGAAUAAAACAAUUCAUCAUCAAAUUCAAUUAUGGUGGCAAUCAUUUAUAAAGAAAAAAACUCAAAUAAUUAAUCAUGAACGUAAUAAUCAUACGCUUGAUCAUGAUAUCUUGCCAAUCGGUACAAAUGCAAAUAUUUCAACCAUUUAA